UGGCUUCUACUAACCAUUUCCAAAGCAUUUUCUUGGCCUUUGUCUUUGUCUUGGGAGUUUUGUCCUCUCAAGCUUCCUCUCGAAUUCUCAACGAACAAACCAUGCUAGAAAUGCACGAGAAAUGGAUGACACGCCAUGGACGUGUUUACAAGGAUACCGAAGAGAAGAAUGCACGGUUUCAGGUAUUCAAGGACAAUGUCCAAUAUAUAAAUGCCUUUAAUGAAGGUGUAGACCGAGGAUACAAGCUUGGUGUGAAUCAAUUUGUAGACCUGACCAAUGAGGAGUUUCGUGCUUCUCAUACUGGUUACAGCAGGCAGCCAACCAAUGAGACAUUUGUCUCAAAACCAACAUCUUUUAGGUAUGCAAAUCUAACUGAUGUGCCAACAACCGUCAACUGGCAAAAGGAAGGUGCAGUUACUCCUGUCAAGGACCAAGGCCAAUGUGG